AUGACAAAGACAAAAGGAUGCCGAGACUGGAGAUGGCGAGCUUUUUGGUAUCAUUUCCUGCUUUGUUGGAGUACAGUACUCGGACAGACGCGUUACAGCAUCCCAGAGGAGCUGGAACAAGGUUCUGUUGUAGGAAAUAUUGCCAAAGAUCUUGGUUUGGGAUUGUCGGACAUUUUUGACCGUAAGCUGCGUGUUGCCUCUGAGGCUGGUAAGCAGUAUUUCAGUGUGGAUGCAGGGAAGGGCGAGCUGGUGGUGAACGACAGAAUAGACAGAGAAGCUCUAUGUGGACAAAGCCCCAGCUGCAUUCUACCUCUGCAGGUUGUUAUAGAAAAUCCUUUGCAAUUGCACCGUAUAGAAGUAGAUAUUAGAGACGUAAAUGACAACGCGCCCAGUUUUCUCAAAACUGAUCAUGUAAUAGAAAUAGCUGAAUCCACUGCCAUAGGUUUGCGUUUCCCUUUAGAAAGUGCAGAAGAUCCCGAUGUUGGAAGUAACGGAUUAAAGACAUAUACUCUUAGCAAAGAUGACUGCUUCUCUUUAAAAGUAAAAGAAAUUGAAAAUGGGAGGAAAAUUCCUGAACUGGUUUUGAAUAAAUCAUUGGAUCGGGAGAAAAAGGCCGUUCACAGUUUAGUUCUUACUGCUAUGGAUGGAGGAAAUCCAGUCAAAUCUGGAACUUCUAAAAUAACAGUAAAGGUGCUUGACGUGAACGACAAUUUGCCAGUGUUUGAAAAUACUUUUUAUAAAAUUGCCGUAAAGGAAAACACUGCGAAUGGUUCUUUUGUAAUUACAACAAAAGCAACGGAUGUAGAUGACGGUCCAAACGGUGAAAUUGAGUACUCACUCGGCAUACAUACACCGCCAUCAGUGUCCUCCUUAUUUUACAUAGAUCCAGUAACAGGAGAUAUAUUUUUGAAAAAACAACUAGACCAUGAAACUCAGUCCUCAUAUCGGAUAGAUAUCAGUGCAAAAGACAAAGGCUUUCUUAAAAUGGAAGGUCAUUGUAGUGUGCAGGUAGAUGUCCUAGAUGUAAAUGAUAAUGCCCCAGAAAUUGUCCUCACCUCAAAACCCCCCUCAGUGCCCGAAGACUCUCCCAGUGGGACAGUAGUAGCUUUGCUCAGUGUCCGUGAUCUUGACGCUGGUGAUAACGGCAAAGUAAUAUUACGGGUUCCCAAAAACUAUCCUUUUACUCUGAAACCAUCAUUUUCUAACAAUUAUGCACUGGUCACUAGUGGUCCUUUAGACCGUGAGAGGGUCUCUGAUUAUAGUAUCGAAAUAACAGCAACUGACUCAGGUUCUCCUCCUCUGUCCAGUAAAAAGAGUAUACCUGUGAGCAUCACUGAUGUCAAUGACAACCCACCUGCAUUCACUCAGCCCUUCUAUAAUGUCUAUUUAAAAGAGAAUGGUGUAGCAGGUUCUAUAUUAUUUUCAGUUUCAGCAUCUGAUGUGGAUUCUGGUGAAAACGCUAAAAUCUCUUAUUCUAUCCUGGACUCUAAAGUGCAGGACGUGUCAGUUUCAUCUUAUGUUUACAUUAACUCAGAUAACGGUAGCAUCUACAGCAUGCUCUCCUUUGACUAUGAGAAACUCAAGGUGUUUCAGAUUCAGGUCCAGGCAAAGGAUCAGGGUUCUCCGUCUCUCAGCACCAACGCCACUGUCCAUGUUUUCAUCCUGGACCAGAACGAUAAUGCCCCCGCUGUUAUUUACCCCUCCUCCGCUGCCCUGGGCUCCCUCUCUCAUCAGAGGAUGCCCCGCUCCGCUAAAGCGGGUCACCUGGUCACUAAGGUGACGGCUGUGGACGCGGACUCGGGCCAUAACGCCUGGAUCUCCUACAAACUGGCGGAGGCCACAGACGCCUCUCUGUUCACUGUCAAUCUGUACACAGGGGAGGUGAGGACUAAACGCGCUGUGUCCGAGCAGGACGACUCCUCUCAGAGGCUGCUUAUAGAGAUCAAGGACGAUGGGGAACCGGUCCAGUCCGCCACCGUCACCGUGUCCAUCCUGAUGGAGGACGCUCUCCAUGAGCCCAUCUUGGACAUCAGACACAAAGUCACUGAGCCCAGCAAGAAAACUGGGAGAAUCACCCUUUAUUUGAUUCUGUCUCUGGCCUCAGUGUCCGUGCUGUCUCUGGUGACUUUUCUCAUCUUAGCGGUGAAAUGUAUCAGAAACAGCAGAAGCAGCGGUAGCUGCUGCAUGAGACGGACCGACUGUGAUGAUUACAAGAACCCCAACAGGAACCUGCAGAUUCAGCUCAACACUGAUGGACCUAUAAAGUAUGUGGAGGUCCUGGGAGGAGACAUGUUGUCUCAGAGUCAGUCGUUCAGGUCCUGUAUGUCUCCGAUGUCAGAGUACAGUGAUUUCACUCUGAUCAAACCCAGCAGCACCACUGACUUUAAGGAAGUGAUCAGUGUCCUGGAUGCGUCUUUACCCGACAGCACCUGGACCUUUGAGAGUCAACAGUGUAGCUGUGUCUUUAAAUGCAUUGCUCUGUCCUCUUUGCUAUUGGGUGUUGUGAGAGAUGCUGUGGACCAAUCAGAGCCUGAACUGUACAAAGAGAUCUACCCCCUCCUCUGCAGCUUCAGCACCGCUAAACGAUGA